AUGGCAGUAAUUCAAAAACAUGCCAAGAACUGCGGUCCAGAUUCGGUCUGUCACAAGGAGAACCACCCGCCCGACAAGCCCGGGGUCCCUGGAUGUCACAAGAAGUGGCCUGAAGCCCACACCUACUGGUCCAGGCCCGUGGCGAGGCUAUGGACGGUGGUGCUGUUGCUCGGAACGUGCCUCCUCUACUGUGCCCGUGUGGCGAUGCCCAUCUGUGCCGUCAGCAUGGCGGAGAAGUUCAACUGGAGCAAGAGGGAGUCUGGCAUGGUGCUGGGCAGCUUCUUCUGGGGAUACUGCUUCACCCAGGUGUUCGGAGGCUACGUCAGUGACCGAGUGGGAGGUGAAAAGGUCCUCCUGCUGUCUGCAGCUGCCUGGGGAUCAAUGACAGCCUUCACCCCCAUCUUGGCCCACCUCUGCUCCCAGCCCAUUGUCUCCAUGACGUUGGCUCGCUUCCUCAUGGGCCUGCUUCAAGGAGUUCAUUACCCUUCCCUGGCAAGUCUGUGCUCACAAAAGGUGGUGGAAAGUGAAAGAGGCUUCCUCAUGAGCACUGUGGGUAGUGGCUCCUAUCUGGGCACUCUGUUGAUCGGCGGGGCUGGUUCCCUCAUGUUAGACCUGUACGGCUGGGAGAGUGUUUUCUAUGUCUCUGGUCUCAUGUCAGUCCUGUGGGCCUACUGCAUGUGGAAAUACCUCCUCAAAGGAGAAGGGCCUAUAAUCACUUUAGAGUCCCUGGGCAGUGGUGGGACCCCGUCAAAACUUAAUAGAAGACAUUGGCUACGACUCCUCAAACAACCUCCUGUCUGUGCUGUGAUAGUGACGCACCUCUGCACAGCAAGUACUUUCUUCACUCUGUUGUCAUGGCUGCCAAUGUUCUUUAAAGACUCUUUCCCUGAUGCCAAGGGCUGGGUGUUUAAUGUCAUUCCUUGGUUGGUGGCCAUACCCUCGUCCCUCUUUAGUGGUUGCCUAUCUGACCACCUCAUACGUCAAGGUUUUGACACAGCUUCAGUAAGAAAGUUGAUGCAGUUUUUCUCUAUGGGAGUGUCCAGUGUUUUUACUGUCCUUCUUUGCGGGGACACCAACUUUUUCUGGGCUGUAGCAUUUGUAUCAGCCACCAUGGGCCUCACCACCUUCAGCCACAGUGGUGUUUCUUUAAAUGUCCAAGAUCUUGCUCCUUCCUGUGCUGGAGCUCUGUUUGGGGUCAUGAAUACAUGUGGUGCGUUCUCAGGAGUCUUAAUGGUGUACUUUUCGGGGUAUCUCAUCGAGGCGACAGGCUCGUGGGCGUCGAUGUUUGCACUCAUCACCACCUUCAACCUGCUGGGCCUUUUCACCUUCUUGGCUUUUGCCGAAGCUCGCCGGGUCGAUAUCGAUCCCAGUAAGGUCCGCCACAACAUUCAUAUCUGAAUGUGGGAGAGAAUGUGUUUUUGGCCCCAAACCCGAUGCGAGUUUGGACAAUCUGUAGCCCGAACAAGAUCUGCUUUGGCUCAGCAGU